AUGGCGGCUCGUGUGGCGGCAGUGGUCCUGCUGCUGCUCAAACUCUGCUCCGGUUCCGGUCCCGCUUCCGGUCCGGACCCAGAGCGCGGGAGGAUACAGCUGCUGCGCGUGCAGAGUCUGGCCUCUCAGCCCAGGUAUGGAGACUGCUGGGCGCGUGCGCUGCAACACCUGGACACGCGCUGCAAGGACAUGACGUCAGAGAGCCAGAGGUGGAUAGCGCUGCGGUUCACCCACUGUCACCUGAGCAGCUCAGGGAGGGACUUCCCAUCAUGCCCUGAGGGCUCUGACGUCAGCAGCUGCACCGGUGGGAUGGAUGUGGCUGCGUUCAACGCCUUCACAGAGUUCUUCACGCACACUCACGCCAUCUGUCACUUCCUGCAGUCCGACGCCUGGCAGAGCCGAGCGGAGGACGCCAUGUUCAGGUUAACAGAGAGUUCAGCAGGUGUUGCUGAGCAGCUUCAGUCAACCAGGCUGAUGGCUGAGGAACUCCUUGAGGCCCAGGGUGCUGCCUUACAGGCUCAGCAGGAGAUCCUGAACAAUGGAGAGGAGCUGAGAGUCACCCUGCAAGACUCCACUCAGGGCCUGCGGGCGGUCUUCUCAGAGCUCAGCAGUGUCUCCAGGGAGCAGCAGGUGGCGCUGUCUGAGCUCUUUAACAGAGUUACCUUCCUGCAGAGCUUCUUGUUGAUGGAGACUCACAGUCUGAGCUCGUGCUGCUACAACGCUGCAGCUCUUUGCACCGGCUUCCUGCUCACCAGCACCCAGCGCUCCUCCAGAGCCAGGUUGGUGUUGUUGAGUUUGGUGUGUUUAAAUUUCUACCUGGAGAUGAAGCUUUAUCAGUUUGUGAUGAACUCUGAUACUCCUGAACACAAACACAUGGAGCAGCUAAGUGUGUAUGUUGGCGUCCUGCGGCGGCUCAUGGUGUGUGUCGGAGUGUGUGUUCUGCUGUACGCGUGUGUUCGCUACAGAGACCCUGUGCAGCAGAGUCUGCAGCUGCUACAGAAGCUCAGGGAGACGCAGCAUGGCCUGCAGGAGGCGCUGAAGCGUGCAGAGCGUCUCGGGGAGACCAGGACAACAACAAUGAUGGACGAGAACCGGGGGAAGUGUCGUGAAGCAGAGGACGGGCGAGAGGAAGACGAUGUCUCUGACCUCAGCCUGAGUCUUUAUGUCCUCCAGGAGGACGAGGACGAGUCUGCGAGCACAAACGUCUCACACCUGUCUCACCUCUCACACUCAGGUCGGGGGAUGGCUGAUGUCCCCAUGCUGCCGUACACUACCCACAAUGCAUCAGUGAGUCCAGCCCGGCGCUCCCGCCGCCCCCCCUCCUCCCCUCUGGUGUACAGCAUCCUAGUGGAGGACAAACAGCCUCGUUACAGCCUGAGGAGCCGACGAUCGGAAACUCGCUGAAUUCCUCUUCGGUGUCGUGGAG